AUGGUUCAGCAAAAUCAGUUUGGAGGAGGUGCUACUGAAGACCCGAAUCUCCACCUGUCAAUUUUCUUGGAGUAUUGCGACACUUUGAAGCUUAAUGGAGUGACCAAUGAUGCUAUUCGACUCAGAUUAUUUCCGUUCUCUCUAAAGGAUAAGGCUAGGGCUUGGUUGCACUCAUUGCCCGCUGGGUCCAUCACCACUUGGGAUCAGUUGUCCAGGGAAUUUCUUGCAAAGUAUUUUCCCCCAAGUAAAACAGCACAGAUGAGGAACCGGAUCACAAGCUUUGUACAGAAGGAAGGAGAGUCACUUUAUGAAGCUUGGGAAUGCUACAAGGAAUUAUUAAGGAUGUACCCUCACCAUGGACUGGAGAAGUGGUUAAUUGUUCACACCUUCUACAACGGGCUCACUUACAACACUCGGAUGACUGUUGAUGCUGCUGCAGGAGGAGUUUUGAUGAACAAAACAAUAGAUGAGGUUGAAAGCUUGAGUAUUAAUUCUGUGGCGUCUACUUCAAUUGCAUGUGAGAUAUGCUGUUAUGUGGGUCAUUCUGCACUUGAAUGUCAAUUAGGAAACCCCUCUUCCCUUAAUACUUCUGAUAAUGAACAUGUUAACUAUGUUAAUAACUUUAAUCAGAAGGGAGACCCUUUCUCCAACACUUAUAAUCCGGGGUGA